CGUAGAUGAAGCGUAGACUUCGGAGACGUGCCCACGCUCAACGUUCUGGCGUUCCUCGUCGCCCUCGUCUUUGAUGGAGGAUAGUCGGAACGCGAAGCAGCGCAAGAAGUUUUUGUCCCUCUCGCACUCUCUGUCGCCGUCAUCUUUACGUCAUCGACUUCGCCCAAGACAUGCCGGUGCCGUGGACGGCCAAACGAGCAUUUCCCAGCCGCCACUGCCGCCUUGCCUCCUUCUCCUCUUCCUCUUCAUCCUUGUCGUCGUGGACUCAGGCGAUCCGUUCCGCCGCGGACCUUGGCCGCUCCCGCCGCGCCGUCUACCUGUACGCUCACAUGCUACGCUCCGGCUGCCGCCCCGAUCCUUUCGCCGCUGCAGCCGCCCUCAAGGCCUGCGCUCGAAUUCCUUCGAAGCCCCUCGCCGCCGCCAUUCACGGCCAUCUCCAAAAACUCGGCUUCGACUCCCACGUCUACGCUCAGACCGCGCUCGCCGACCUCUACUCUAAGCUCGAUGGCAUGGAAGCCGCGCGGAAGAUAUUUGACGGAAUGCCUGUGAAAAACGUCGUCUCGUGGAACUCGAUCCUCUCCAUGCACAUGAGAGCAGGAGAAUUGGAGGCCGCUCGGAGAGUCUUCGAUGAGAUGCCCGUAAGAGAUGUGAUCUCCUGGAAUUCGAUCAUAUCGGGGUAUGCCAAAGCUGGGGACAUGGACAGUGCGGCUGAAUUAUUCGAUUGCAUGCCAGAGAGGAACCCUGCUUCGUGGAAUGGGAUGAUUAGCGGGUACAUUAACCGUGGGGAUAUGGGGAUGGCGAGGGAGUUCUUUGAGGAAAUGCAUGUCAGAAGCAAUGUUUCUUGGAUUGCGAUGAUCUCUGGGUACACAAGGUGCGGUGAUGUUGCAUCUGCGUGGGAGAUUUUUGAUCAGAUGGAAAAGAAGGAUCUUUAUGCAUGGAACGCGAUGAUUGCUUGCUAUGCGCAGAAUGGAUGCCCUAGAGAGGCUAUUCAGUCAUUCAAUAGGAUGCGAAAGCCAGAUUCAGGUGUUGAGCCAGACGAGAUGACUUUUUCUAGCGUUAUAUCAGCUUGUUCGCAGUUGGGGAAUUUGAGAUUUGGGUUGUGGAUCGAGGAGUAUAUGCGCUUGUUGGGAAUUGAAUUGGAUGAUCACUUGAGGACUGCUCUUGUGGAUUUGUACUCUAAGUGUGGUGGCAUGGACAAAGCUUUUGAGCUUUUCAGUGGAUUCAGGAGGAGGGAUUUAGUGUCUUAUAGUGCGAUAAUUUUGGGGUGUGGUAUCAAUGGGAGAUCCAAUGAUGCAAUCAAAUUGUUUCAAAAGAUGUUGGAUGAAAAGGUUUCCCCAAAUGCAGCAACAUUUGUUGGGCUUCUGACAGCAUAUAACCAUGCUGGUUUGGUUGAGGAAGGCCGUAGAUGUUUUGCUUCGAUGUCCAAAAAGCAUAAAGUUGCACCGUCAGUGGAUCACUAUGCAAUCAUCGUGGAUCUUGUUGGUCGCAGUGGUAGGUUGGAAGAAGCUUAUCAGUUGAUCAGGAAGAUGCCAAUGCAGCCUCAUGUGGGUGUCUGGGGAGCCUUACUUCUGGCUUCUAGGUUACAUGGCAACAUAGAAUUUGGGGAGCUUGCUGCCAGGAAUUGCUUUAAGAUGAAGCCUGAAGAAAGCGGUUAUUAUCUCCUGUUAGCUGGUCUCUAUGCCGAAGCUGGAAAAUGGGAGAAGGCUAAGAGACUGAGAAAGAUGAUGGAAGCAAAAGGAUUAUAUAAGAUGCCAGGAUGUAGCUGGGUAGAACCAACAUAGGUCCCUCUCCUUUUGGUUAGGUUGAUGCCAGAUGAUGCGACGGCUGCAAAACAAUUCCUUAGUGAUAACAAUGGAGUCAUUCUCUCAGAUGUUAUGCAUUCGUAGAUUGCAUGCACUUCCAUGAUGCCCAUGACAUGUUUAGCUUUUGAAAGUAGAUGAUGUAUCAUUCAGCAGGAAUUUCAAAUUCUGAGCAGGUCUGCUCAUAAAAUGUUUGCGGAAAAUGCACCACCAGGUUGUUACAUGGGUGGUGUUAUACUCCAUUGACAGUUUACCAUCAACAUUGACGAGUUUCAACUUGUGUUGUGACUGAAAUACUGUUGCUGGACAGAAUCUACACUGAUAUAAAUUGGACGAAGAUUCAGAGCAUUUAAAUUCUGGUGA